AGACUGAAAUAUUAUCGUGCAGAGUAGAGAAGUGGUGUGGGUGUUUUAUGGAAUUUAUUGAAACAAUAUGAAUCCUGAAAAUUUCGAAGACAUUGAGGAUGAAGAGAAUCCAGACUCCACGCAGGAACUGAGAAGUACGCCUGAUUGGAGCAAUAAUGCCCGAAAAUCGGACCAUUUAUGGGUGCCUUCGAAUAUUUCUGGUGAUUUUUGUUAUAUUGGAGAAUCUAAAUGCCUUCAAUGACUCUCCCUAUCAGAGAAAUGGACCAAGAGUUAAAUGUUCAUCUUGCAACAUAGUUGUUCAUCAAAAUUGUUUGACUCAGAAACAACUAACGUUCAAAUGUAGAUCUUUAUUCGAAAACAAACCCUUGAGUCACUACAGAAAAAAGCAUGUGGUGCAUCAUCACUGGGUCCAAAGAUUUUCAGAGAAAACUAGAUGUCAUCAUUGUGCAAAGAACUUUCAAUGUAGGAUUUCAUUCAGUUCUAAAAAUUUCAUAUGCGUAAGUUGUACUUGGUGUAAAGUCGCGUACCACAACAGAGAUUCAUGUUUCAGUGUUGAUAAAAAAGAAGAGGAAUGUAGCUUAGGUGUUCAUAGGAGUAUAAUAGUCCCUCCUCACUGGAUCCUCAAACUACCCAAAGAGAAAAUUACUAAUUCAUCCACAGAUUCGGAUAAUCAAAAGGAAUCUGAAAAUGAGAGCAGUCAGAAAACUUUAUUCCUAAUAAGGUCCAUUCCAAACACCGACAUCAAGCCCCUAAUAGUAUUCAUCAAUCCAAGGUCUGGCGGAAACCAAGGUGUGCGACUAUUACAAAAAUUCCAAUGGUUACUGAAUCCCAGGCAGAUUUUCGACUUGACUCAAGGCGGUCCAAGGCAGGGAUUGGAAUUGUAUCGUAACGUUCAUAACUUACGAGUUUUGGCUUGUGGAGGAGACGGUACAGUUGGAUGGGUCUUGAGCGUUAUAGACCAAAUUGGGAUGUCACCAGCACCUGCUGUUGGUGUGCUACCACUUGGUACUGGAAAUGAUCUUGCUAGGGCUCUUGGUUGGGGUGGUGGUUACACUGAUGAACCUGUAUCGGAAAUUUUAUCUAAUAUUAGCAAAAGUCAGCCAGUUUUGUUAGAUAGAUGGCAUGUAGCAGUAGAGAGAAAUCCUAAUGUUGAUGCAAGUGGAGAAGAAGGAAAAGAUAAUUUGCCAUUAAACGUCAUUAAUAACUACUUUUCACUUGGUGUGGAUGCCCAUAUAGCACUGGAGUUCCAUGAAGCAAGAGAAGCACAUCCAUCAAAGUUCAACUCCAGAUUGAAGAACAAAAUGUUUUACGGUCAAUUAGGUGGAAAAGAUUUGUUGCAGAGAAAAUGGAAGAGCCUCACUCAUUUCCUCACCUUGGAAUGUGAUGGUACAGAUUUCACUCCAAAACUGAAAGAACUCAAGUGUCAUGCUAUAGUUUUCUUGAAUAUACCAAGCUAUGGUGGGGGAACUCGUCCUUGGAAUUCUUCCAUGGGCUCUUCACAACCAAGCACAGAAGAUGGUUUGAUAGAAGUUGUUGGACUAACUACUUAUCAACUACCUCUACUUCAAGCAGGUGGCCAUGGAACUUGCAUAACACAGUGCAAAACUGCAAAAAUAGUUACCUCGAAAACGAUUCCAAUGCAAGUCGAUGGGGAACCUUGCAAAGUCGCUCCAUCCAUAUUCACCAUUUCACUCCUCAAUAAAGCGAUGAUGUUGGCUCACAAGAAGAUAGGCAUCCAGAAAAUAACUUCCUCAGCGGUGACUAACCAUGAGAUAGUAGUUUACUUCAUGAGCAUGCCAAAUUUUGAAAAAUACUGCUCCGAUAGAAGUGUACUUAUAAAAUCAGCCAUAAAAUUGCAAAAAUUCGACAUAGAAUACUCUUCCCAUCUCGGAGUUUUUCGAGACACCAUCAAUGAGUUCCUGUCAAAUAGUAGAGAGGAAUGCUUAUCAACAGACUGGUAUUUCUUAGAUUGUGGAGUCACAGGAAAAUUACACAAAAUAGAUAGAGAAGAAGAAGAUUAUCAUUACGUGUCUGAUAUCGUCUAUGAGACCAACCUAUACAUAGUUGAAUGUAUGAAUGAAACUAGACCUCUAACUCCUAAAAGUGAAGCGAAUAUCGAUAACCAAUUUGAGGAAAAGGAAGAAAAGAAUACCCAUAUUGUGGUUGAAGGUAUAAUCCCAGCAGAUCCUCCAUUGAAUAAGAAACCUCCUAUCAAAUCACCUCGUAAACCGAACAAAGCACCACAGCCACAGCCUCAAGUCAAUUUAGAUUUCAAACCCAGAAGCCUUGCAGAUAGAUUAUUCGACAUGAAUGAUGAUGCCCUCAAAAACUACGGGAAUCGUCACAGUGUUUUUCUUGAAACAAUAAUGAACGCAUAUGAAACUAGAGAUGCCAAAGUGGCUCAACUUUUGAAACGUAAAGGGUUUUUUUCUGCCUUGAGGAGCCCAGCAGGAUGCAAUUUACUUCAUGCAGCUUCCAUUCGUGGCGAUUCAGACCUGGUUAACUUUAUGAUCAACCACGUAUUCACCAAUCUCGAAGAGGUUGAAUAUUCGAUUGAAAAUUUCUAUUAAUCAGUAUAUUUUUUUCUUAAGAUCACAUUUUUAUCCGACAAUAUAUCACUAAGUUUGUGAUCAAAUAAAUUCGUUGUUCUUUAA